AUGGCCCUGCUUUUUUGUGCCGCGCGGCUGACUAAUGCACGCACCACCCACGAGCUCAGCCAUCUCUGCAGCCUCCAUGAUUCGGGGCACUUCUGGCACCGUGGAGUUGGACUGAGCCCAUUUGGAAGCUCCUUUGUGGGGGUUGAGACGAGCCAAUGCCGCCGUUGGAGGGAGAUGGGAUCACUGACUGAUAUCUUGGAAGAAAGACAUGAAGUUCAUGCCUUCAGGUAA